AUGGUGACGCAGCAGGCGGCAGCGGCGGCAGCCACCCACCUGGGCUGGGAGGAGCGGGAUGGCACGCUGUACAUCCUGGAGAGCAGCGACGAGGGGGAGGAGCAGGAUGACGCUGUGCAGCAAGAGGAGGCUGAUGUUACACCACCGGCCAUCAGCGGUGGCAGGUUGCCAGAGGGGGCAGAGGAUGCCCAGCUGAUGCCCGAGGAAGAUGGCUUGCUGCCUGAGAGGCCCAGCUGGCGGAUUGCCGGUCACCAGUGGGUUCUGAAUACGGUCAUCCCCUACCGCGUGGCGUACCAACGUGUCACCAAGGCUUAUAGCAAGUGCAUGGAAGAGAGUCCCAAAGACUACCCGGCAGUGGUCGUGGCGGUGGCGGCAGGGUUGGACUUAAAUGUCUCCCGGAAGAUAGAGACCUACAUCAGGAAGAACAUGGGCACCAAGGGCGCACUGCGUUCGCCCGACCAGCUCCCACAGAUGCUGCCUGUGGCCAACUGCGGGGAGCGCUUUGCGAUUCCGGCGGACGACCUGCGUUGUGCGCUCGCGGCUGACCCGGGUGCACUGGGGUGGCGUAACAGAGCGACAGGCCAGCAUAGCGGCAAGAGGGGCCGCGUGCCAAAAGACACUGUUCUGGGCGCCUAUCAGAGCCUGCAGUUGCUCCAACCGGAGUACAUGGACAUGAUUGCCGACCCCGAGCUGGCGGCGGACAUGCAGCUGACGGGAUCACAGCUGUCCUUAUGCUGCGAGGCUUUCGCAGCUGACAGCAGCGUGGGUGAUGGUUUUUUCACCAAGAAAACACGCCUGGCCGAGCCGCUGCUGGCGGAGUUUGAUGUGAGCUCCUGCCGCCAUGACGUGUCCCUCGACCCUUUGAUCGAGCUGAAGCGCGGCGUCCGCCAGCUGUCGCACCUCCAGGGAGGUGCCAAUUGCUUGUUUGUGGAGGCGCUGGUGUUCGGUUGGCCUCACCUGUUUGUCAUUACAACACGAGAUGUUGAGCCAGGGGAGGAGUUCCUAUUGGACUAUGGCCGGAGCUAUUGGCAGAACAUCGCCAAGGAGAAGCAGCGCUGCCGUAUGAGCGAGGCGGAGCAACAGCAGCUGCGGGCAAUGUAUGAGGCGGAGCAGGCACGUCUGAUGGAGGCGGGGCAGAAGCCUGCCUCCCUCAUCACCAGUGGCCAGCAGGGCACGGCGGCCUCGGGCGUGGCCGCAUCAGGCGGCGAUGGCGGCGAUCUGCGCGGCACUAGCCAUGCCAUCAGAGCGCCCGCUGAAGUUCUGGCUCCCAUGGCUGAGCAGGAGCAGGCGCAGCAGGAGCAGGCGCAGCAGGAGCAGGAGCAGGCACCGCAAGAGCAGGAGCAGCCGUAG